AUGCUUCCGGUAUUGAAUUCCUUGGAUCAACUUUUGAAUCGAUUUGACCAAUUAUCUCAACAACAUGCAGGUUUUAAACUGAAUUUCGAGAAGAAUUUCAGUGACAUUGACAAUCCGUUACGUGAUGUCGCACGAAAUGAAAACGAACAAAAGAAAACAGUCGAUAAUCUGUCUACAUUGACCAUGAGAAAAGAUGAGAAGAGACGGUCAUCAGGUACUAUGGAAGAUUUUCACAGACGAAUCAUCAAAAACCGAUAUCAUCAUCGGCCGCCAAAUUACUGCUCGAAUGAAAACGGUUCAUUUCUAUCUCGUACUCCAUCGAGAACUUCUCUGGACUCCACUCAACAGUUGUACACACCAGCCUUAUCAUUGAUACAAACAACGAUCACAACAAACACUCGUACGUCGAUUUUACCAACAUCGUUCGAUCAUCGUAAGAAACAAAAGAGUCAAUCAACAACGAAAAUUGCACCAAAAAUUUGCUCUGUGCCACGGACGCGUCCACGCACUCCAAUAAAAACAUUCUCGAUGGAAACAGUUGAUCGACUUUCACAAUCGAAACUGUAUCAUUUGUCAUCGGAUGAAAUAGUACCUUCAAAACGUGCACGGCGACGACCAAAACUACAUCAAAAUAUCAUCAAAGAAGUAUCCAAAUUGCAAAUGUCAUCCAUCAAAUUACCUCCUGUUCGACUGCCACCACCCCCACCACCCACGACGCCCAUGUCAUUUCAAACUAAACGAACAAGUCCUAUCACAAUCAAACCGCUACCGAAAAAACUUAAAACUGAGACUAGCUUUUCAAGAAGGACUUCUCAAAGGCCUCCUACAAUCAAUUGUUCGCGAUCAAAUCUUCCUCUGACAAUACCGCCGCCAAUCUGUCUUAACUUCCCCAUGCAGCCUGAAUUGAAUCCAUCUCGAAUAGUCAUUGUACUGAAAGCACCAGCACCCAGAAAACCUCUUACUGUUUUUACCAACAGAAAAACGAUCAUUCCUUUCCAACGCAUGAAAUAUUUAAUGGCUUAA